GUAAAGUCUUCGUUAGAAUUUGUGCUUACGAAUGAAAUUUUGUGUAAUAGUCGUUUUGUUUUCAUUGUGCAUUGAGGGCAGUUUUCCUUUUGGAGCCGAAUAUUGUACCCGUAAGCGGUAAGUAAUGUUUGAAAUCUUCGAUAAAGUAAUCUCUCUCUCUCUCUGUCUCUUCCUCUCUAACUGCUUACAGAUAACUACACGUCGCACGAGACUUCCUUCUGUAGUCUUCUGUAGUACUUCGCACGUCAAACGAAAGUGAGCUUUUUGCAUUGUGGGCCGUAGUUACGCCCAAAUUUUCAAGUUAUUCGCCUCAUUAAGAGUAAGGAAACUUAGCAUUACAUUUUGGUAGCAUCAAGGCAUAUAAAAAGGGGAGAGUUACUUCUGGUUCACGUGCGUCGCUCAAAAGUUCAAGCUCCCUUAUGGCUUGUCAAAAACGUUGCAUGUACCCCUUUCCCCUUUCCUUCUUGGCCUUCCCCAAUUUUUCCUUUCCCACCGCUAUACGAUGACUUUUCCCAAACUAUGGCUUCUUUUUAAAUGACCAACAUGCAGCCCUUCAGCUUCUGUCCGCCUUUUGAUUUGUAAAGUUUUCUAUUAACCGAUCAGUUCCUCCCUUAUCGAUUUGUUCGUUCUGUAUUCCGUCCACGAAAUUCUUAGAAUUUUCCCGUAGCAUUUCAUUUCAAAUGUUUUAUUCUUUUUAAAAUUGUUAUGUUUUCUCUCUUCAUGCGCAGUUGUAAAUAAAUGUAAUCUGAACGGUGCCUUGAUUAAGACUGAAGAGGAAACAGAGGAAGGAAAUUGAAAAGGUAAGACAACUGUUUGUAGACUGCGAGCAGUCUCUUAUUUUAGAGGCGUUUUUAAUCCGAUUUUAUAAUUAAUCUCUACGUGUGCACUCACUCCGUCUUAGAAUAACUCGAUGGAUCUAAGAGAAAAGGUGGACUGUAAGCAGUCUAAACUAUUGUUUUUGGCUAUUUGAAAGAUGACUUUACAAGUAUCAGUGAAGUUGAAGGGUGAUCUUAUAUACUUGGUUCUAGUGUCACCCGAGUUACGAGAGCAUUCUUUUGGUUGUCAGGUAACACUCCCUGUCAAGAUGUACCUCAUGACAGCCCCAUCCCUUAAAGGAACUUUGUCAUGCCAUCUGCUAUCUUUUUAAAAAGCUAAAAUGUUUCUUGCAUCUAUUGAAGUCCAAAAAUUAUUCAGGGUCAUAUUUAGGCAUUGAAACUGUUUCCAGUCUUCUGUUGCCAAGGAUGGCAAGGAUGGACAUGUGACUGAAGGUCGUGACCAAAAGAGAAAAUAUUAUAUUCGCUAUAAUAGUGCUCUUUGAUGAAAUUGUUUGAUAGCUUCCUUAACUCUAACUUAACUCUACAGGAAGAUUUUUUAUAUUGGUAGAGGCAUUGCCAUGAAAUUAAUGACUUCGGCAUAGAAUUGACCUAAAACAGCAAUAUCAUCAUGCCAGCACUUGCUUCCAUCUAAUCGUAUGAUUCUAAAUGCCCCCUCCCCUCCCCUCCCCAUUUUUUUUUCUUUCGAAAUGAAGGCUUGUCUCUAAUCAAUGAAUGCCAAGCAAAACAAGAAAAAUGAAUGGAGGAUGAAAAACGAAAGAAGAGGGUGGGGGAAAAAGUUGAACUGCUGUGUCACUGAACCCCUUUAGCACACUCUUGACGAAGGGGUUAGGGGGUAAAGUAGGGGCUAGCGUUUUCAUUCUUUGUAGCCCAAGAACAGUACCCAGUACACAGAAAACUGCCUAACUAGCAGUUUGAUUUUUCGCCAAAUUUUCCUGGAGCAACUUGGUCAAACCAAGACCCAGUCAGUUUUCACGAAGAUCUACUUUUGAGUGUAAAGCAACCAAAUCUGGCCCUAAAAUGCCGAAUUGGCUGAAAAAAUCGGCAAAAGACAAAUUAUAGUAUUUCUGAUUUAAAGAUGCCCACUAACCACCUUUUCAGAAGUCAUCAAUCAAGAGACCCUCUCUUGGAAUGAUUGAUAGUAGAUAAUAGGCACUAAACUUUCUUUUUUCCUUACCAUUGAGUGGCCUAAAGCAGGGUUCUCAAUAGAUUUUUAAGUAGGAGGUGAUCACUGAUAAAGUAGGAGGCUCUUCAGCAAAGCCAGAGGUGUCAAAACAAAGCAAAGAAAAGCGACUUAAACACAAAGUAAGCGGCUAUAAAUCACAAAGUAAGCGGCGAUCAAUCGCCGGGUGCCGCCUUCUAUUGAGAACCCUGCUAAAGGAAAAUUAAAGAUACUUAAUUGUAAAUAUUGUUUGUGGUUUGGGUUCAUUUCAGACUGAUCUUUUAAUAACUUAAUAGGACUGUAUGUAUCAUGCGAUCUUUGUAAUGCAUUAAUCAAAUUCCCCCUCCCCCCCCCCAAAAAAGGUCCAGGUUUGUUAUUUAGGUCGGCUUAUAUCUAGAGAUUAAACCUGUCUCCUGUUGUCUGUUGCAACAGAGCGCAAGGAUGGACCUUGACUGAAACUUGAAAAACUUGGGCCAAAUUUUUCAAGUUUUAAUGCUAUGCCUGCAAAAUUAAAUCACCAAAAUCAUUAUAAUUACUUCUUCCUGAUGAAAUUUAUUUGAUAUCUUUUUCGUAACUCUACUGGACCUUUUUUAUGUAUUGAGUGAAGGCACUAAGUUAAAUGACUUCAGCACAGAAUUAACUUCAAACAACAGCCCAUAACUCUGAGCGAGCAACUCCCAUACUAGGCCUUAUUGUCAUGGCGUUUUUACAGACCAGUUUAUUUUUAGAAACAUUUUAGAGCACAUUUUCCCUCGAAAAUAGAAUCUCCACCAUGCAUGUCUAUGAGCGCAUUCGACGUAUAAGAUAUCAAAAAGGAAAGCUUAACGUUAUUAAAAGGCAACAAAAUAUUAUUUUUAGGUCUGUAGGUUUUGCUGACUGGUUUGUGGACUUUAAAAGAUAUUAAAAAUUUGCGUCAAAACCGUUCUAAAAAUAAACUGGCCCAUGAAAACGCCGUGGCACGAGUGCAUGGAAGUUGCUCGCUCCGGGUUAUGGGCUCCUGCUUAAAAUAUCAUUAUCCUCGUGAAGUAGCCUCUGAAGAUGAAGAUUUAAAAUAUUUAGAACCUGACUUUGUUGUAUUAGAAAAUGUCUUUCCAUACUAAGAGCAAAAGUUGGAAACUGCAUUAGCAGACCUGCCAUAGCCGUCAGGCCUCGGGUGCGAUCGUGAAAAAGGGUCUCUUCAGUCGACCUGUUUUGCAUACUACACUGCCGGAUUACAUUUUGCCCCUGGCUCAAAUCCUCGUCAGAGUCUCUCAGUUUUAAAAUGCGUGGUUCCGCAACGACGUUUGCAUUAAAGUCGAUCGGAGCAACACGUGUUGUGGUCAGCUGUGCACUUUCCACGGUAUUUCAAAAUUCUUUAUCACAUACGUGUUAUUAUUUACGCUAUCUGAACACUUGUGUAUUUUUUCUCUAGGUUAUUCUAGUUAAAUAAAAGUAUUACCGAAAUUCCCUUUAUCCCUGUAAUAUACACGAAGUGUCAGGCAAUGAACAUUUAAUUCAUUUGGUAAAUUCUUUGUAUUAAAUUUUUUUAAAACAGGUUUCAACACUGUUACCCUCCUUCUGUUACCAAAUGGCCUCUAAAGUGUAUUCGGAAGAACAGCUUAACUACUUCCGGGUUUGUCACAUAGCCACUGACAUACUACCCCCAGCUUUACGAUUACUGUUCAAGCAGGAAUGGGACAAUCAGCACAAGACAACACUUGGCGAAUGGAACGACACGCCUCAAAAUGGCCUGGACUUUAAAAACGGUGAGUCUGCAGAUAAUCAAUCAAGAAAUGCCGAACAGUUACUCACAAUGGUAAAUGGAAACAGGGCGCAGUGGGAUUGUACUAUGCUAUUUUAUGCCAUCCUGCAUUCUGAUUCUAUCAGACCUGGACUGAGUAAACUGAUCAGAAAAAACGUUCAUAAACUCAGAGAGUUUCGAAAUAAAUUCUACGCUCACAGGACAGAAGGUCAGUUCUCAAAUGCAGACUUCAAAACCACCGUGGCAAAAGUGGAGAAAGCAUUUCGAGCUCUUGGCCUAUCUACUGUUGAAAUCCAAACAGUAAGUAAGCAGAAAAGUUUUCCAACCGAUGAGUUGCAAAAUGUGAAGACAAGUAAUCAGAAACUUACUCAAGACCUUGAGACGAAAGAGGCGGAACUUCAAGAGAACAAAGACAGGCUAAAAACUUCUGAAGAACAAAGCAAGGUGUUUGAAGAGCAACUACAGCGCGAAGUAGAGCCAUUUUGCGUCCUUCCACCCAAACCUCCCCAUGUGAUCGCAAAUCGCGAUUUCCACGUUGAGAACGUAACACAGAAGCUGUUAAACUUAAGGAAGGCUAACGAGAACACUUUAAGUUAUUGUUAUAUUUCAGGCAAUCCUGGGAGUGGCAAAUCCCAGCUGGCUGGACUAGUUGGUGAGAAAUACUACAAAGAAGCCAGCAAAGACACAAAUGCUCCGUCAUUUGUAAUGACCUUAAGUGCUGAAAACCCAGAAGCGCUUUUAACAUCAUACCUGUCACUGGCAAGAAAAAUGCACUGCCCCGAGUUUACUAUGAAUACCACCGAAAACUCCAAGGAUCUAAAUGAUGAACGGAAAAUAGCCAUUAUCAAAGAUUUAAUUGCGACAAAAAUUCACCUUUACUCAUCUUGGCUCUUAGUGAUUGACAAUGUCACAAAUCUUCCUUGGAUAGGUCAGUUUCUUCCUGAGCGUGGAAAUGAGCAGUGGGGCAAAGGCCAGCUGCUAAUCACAACGCAAGAUUGUACCUGUAUGCCUCCAGAUAGUUCCUUCACAUCCCACAUCUCCAUAAGCAAAGGCAUGGAGCCUGCUGAUGCUAUUUGCCUUCUAACCGAGCUCUCUGGAAUCACUGACAAUGACAUGGAAAAAAACGUAGCCCACGCAUUGGAUUACCAGCCACUUGCACUAGCCAGCGCAGGAGUGUACGUGAGAAAGGUGCGAAAUACCAAUCCAAACUUCGGCUGGGAGGGGUACUUAGAAAAAGUAGAGAAAGGCAAACGUGAACUCACUGAAACGGAACUUGUCAAUGUAAACAAUAUCUACCCAAACUCUAUGACUUUAGCGACCAAGAUAGCUCUUGAAACGGUAAUGGCUUCUGAUGAAAUAAUGAAGCACGCUUUUACUUUUCUUGCAUUUUGUGCACCAGAGCCAUUGAGGUUAGACGUGUUAACCACUUACGUUGUAAGUGCUGAUGAAGAAUUGGAUGAAGAGCAAAUAGGCAUUCAGAUUCAAGGGUCCUCUUUGUUGCUAAUCGAAAAAGAGGAUGAUGUCAACAUUCGUUUACACAAGGUGGUACACGAUAUUGUCAAGCGUUUAGUUAAAGACCAAAUGGAGGCUAAUGAACGUGCCCGCGUUGCUUGUGUCGCAAUAGGGUCAUGCAGUCAGUAUAUUCAUAAAGCAAUACCAGAGACCCUGCAAAGUCAGGAUUCCGUCGUUGGAAGCAAACACAUUGUUCCACACUUAAAAACUCUAGCUGUAGGAAUUACAAACAUUAUCUCUACUGAAGAGAAAUUCGGUCUCAUCAAAAACACUAUUCUAAAUAUAUACAAUUAUAUAUAUAACUUUGAGACGCUUGCUAAAGUUUGCUGGUUACAUAGCGAAUACGUGUCAGCAAUGAAUUUUUCCAGUGUAGCUUUAAAACUCAUUGAAGACAACACGAUAAGGACAGGGCCUGACCAUGUUGAGCGGUUCGUGCGUAUAUACCAUAUGAUGGGUCUCGUGCAUUGGCACUUGGGUGACUAUCAACAGGCCAAGGAGUAUUAUGAACGUACCCUGUCAAUACAACUGAAUAUGCUCGGACCCGACCAUGUUGACGUCGCGUAUACGUACUAUAACAUGGGUAUCCUACAUAGGGUCUUGGGUGACCAUCAUCAGGCCAAGGAGUAUUAUGAACGUGCCUUGUCCAUACGAUUGAAUAAGCUUGGAUCCGAUCAUGUUGACGUCGCGCGUACGUACUAUAACAUGGGUAUCCUACAUAGGGUCUUGGGUGACCAUCAUCAGGCCAAGGAGUAUUAUGAACGUGCCUUGUCCAUACAAUUGAAUAAGCUUGGAUCCGACCAUGUUGACGUCGCGUCUACGUACCUUGGCAUGGGUAUCGUACAUAGCGACUUGGGUGACCAUCAUCGGGCCAAGGAGUAUUAUGAACGUGCCUUGUCCAUACAACUGAAUAAGCUUGGACCCGACCAUGUUGACGUCGCGCGUACGUACCAUAACAUGGGUCUCCUACAUAGCGACUUGGGUGACCAUCAUCGGGCCAAGGAGUAUUAUGAACGUGCCUUGUCCAUGCAACUGAAUAAGCUUGGAUCCGACCAUGUUUACGUCGCGCGUACGUAUAAUAACAUGGGUAUCGUACAUAGCGACUUGGGUGACCAUCAUCGGGCCAAGGAGUAUUAUGAACGUGCCUUGUCCAUACAACUGAAUAAGCUUGGACCCGACCAUGUUGACGUCGCGCAUACGUACCAUAACAUGGGUAUCCUACAUAGCGACUUGGGUGACCAUCAUCAGGCCAAGGAGUAUUAUGAACGUGCCUUGUCCAUACGAUUGAAUAAGCUUGGAUCCGACCAUGUUUACGUCGCGCGUACGUACCAUAACAUGGGUAUCCUACAUAGGGACUUGGGUGACCAUCAUCAGGCCAAGGAGUAUUAUGAACGUGCCUUGUCCAUACGAUUGAAUAAGCUUGGAUCCGACCAUGUUGACGUCGCGCGUACGUACCAUAACAUGGGUAUCCUACAUAAGCACUUGGGUGACCAUCAUCGGGCCAAGGAGUAUUAUGAACGUGCCUUGUCCAUACAAUUGAAUAAGCUUGGAUCCGACCAUGUUGACGUCGCGCGUACGUACCAUAACAUGGGUAUCCUACAUAGGGACUUGGGUGACCAUCAUCAGGCCAAGGAGUAUUAUGAACGUGCCUUGUCCAUACGAUUGAAUAAGCUUGGAUCCGACCAUGUUGACGUCGCGCGUACGUACCAUAACAUGGGUAUCCUACAUAGGGACUUGGGUGAUCAUCAUCAGGCCAAGGAGUAUUAUGAACGUGCCUUGUCCAUACGAUUGGAUAAGCUUGGAUCCGACCAUGCUGACGUUACGGAAUUGUCCCGUUUGUUAGCUGAUGUGCAGCGUGUUUUGGAUUCCCAGCAGGAGGCGCCUGAUCAUCAUGACCGUACGCAGUUGAAUCAGCCGCAAAAGCGUGGACCGGAUCAAACUGAUUUCGAAUUUCCUAAGUGCAAGAGGCGUCGCUAA